AUGGAGUCGCUGUGGCGGCUGAAGCGGUUCGACGCUUUUCCCAAGACCCUGGAAGACUUUCGGGUCAAGACGUGCGGAGGAGCCCUGGUGACGGCUGUUAGCGGGCUCAUCAUGGUGCUGCUUUUCUUCUCGGAGCUGCAGUACUACCUCACCAAGGAGGUUCAUCCAGAGUUGUACGUUGACAAAUCAAGGGGAGAUAAAUUGAAGAUCAAUCUAGAUGUUAUUUUUCCACAUAUGCCUUGUGCUUAUUUGAGCAUUGAUGCAAUGGAUGUAGCAGGAGAGCAGCAGCUGGAUGUAGAGCACAAUCUAUUUAAACAACGUUUGGAUAAAGCUGGCAAUCGUGUAACUCCAGAGGCUGAGAGACAUGAGCUGGGAAAAGAAGAAGAAAAAGUGUUUGAUCCAAAUUCUUUGGAUGCUGAUCGCUGCGAGAGCUGUUAUGGGGCAGAGUCAGAGGACAUUCGGUGUUGUAAUACUUGUGAUGAUGUCAGAGAAGCAUACAGGCGGCGAGGCUGGGCCUUCAAGAACCCAGAUAGCAUAGAGCAGUGCAAGAGGGAAGGGUUUAGCCAGAAGAUGCAAGAGCAGAAGAAUGAGGGCUGCCAAGUGUAUGGUUUCCUAGAGGUCAACAAGGUAGCUGGAAAUUUCCACUUUGCACCAGGAAAAAGUUUUCAACAGUCUCAUGUACACGUGCAUGCUGUCGAGAUUUUGUUUCAUGAUCUGCAGAGCUUCGGACUUGAUAAUAUCAAUAUGACACACUAUAUCAAACAUCUCUCAUUUGGAAGGGAUUACCCAGGCAUUGUGAACCCCCUGGAUGGGACAGCCGUGACUGCACAGCAAGCUUCCAUGAUGUUUCAAUAUUUUGUCAAAGUGGUCCCCACUGUGUAUAGGAAAGUAGAUGGUGAAGUGGUAAGAACUAACCAGUUCUCAGUUACACGACAUGAGAAAAUAGCAAACGGGCUGCUGGGGGACCAGGGUCUGCCUGGUGUCUUUGUGCUGUAUGAACUUUCACCCAUGAUGGUGAAGCUGACAGAGAAACACAGGUCCUUCACUCACUUUCUCACUGGAGUUUGUGCCAUUGUUGGAGGCAUAUUUACAGUUGCAGGUUUCAUUGACUCCUUGAUCUAUCACUCAGCACGUGCCAUCCAGAAGAAAAUUGAACUUGGGAAGACAACAUAAGUAAGCAAUGGCAUCGACUCAUUUAAAGACAAACAAAACCAAAACAAACAAACAAAAAACAGCAACAAAAAAAACCCUAAGCCUCCAAGGAUAACUAAACAGGCUCUUUGAAACACAAGUGAUCUUCUGAGAGUACACAGGAGAACAGGUUUGGAAUUUCCAGAUGGCCCUAACCACUCAUAUGUUACUGUGCCUGUUACUGUGCCCUCAUUCUUUGGCCUUAGUUUGUGGAUGGAGCAACUUGAACCUUGCUGCUAUAAAAAUUAGCUAUCAUACUGACUCUGUAGACCCUAAUGUCAAACUCCUUUUGUGUCAGUCCAUGUUCCUCCAGAUCUGUUCCCCUUCCCAGCAGAGUUGCUGGAGAUACUGCAUUCUGUUUGCCUCCAGGAAUAAUGUACUUUAUUUUCAAUCCUGUAAUGGGUUGAAGUUGUCAUCGAAUAAGCGUUCUAGCAACACCAUCAGGGAUUUUAAAUUUUUCUUUAAAAUGUUUCUGGGUGCUGAUGCUGUAUGUCAGACCUCCAUGAAAAUGUGCUGAAUCCCAUCUGUUCUUAUCCAGCCAUCCUGGGCUGCAUGGGGAGCCUAAGCAGUUGGGAUGUGCUUUGUGUGCUGGGGGAGCUUCCAAUUGUUCUUCAUAUGGAAGAUGCAGGUUGAUAUUUCAGCAAAAGAAAGGGUCUGGAAUUUUAAUUGAUUUUUUAAUUGGACUUUUUUUUCAUUUCCCCUUGAUGUAUAUUUUCAAAUAAAGUCCAUCCUCUGUUGUUCUGGUAAGGCAUGUGGAGAAAUAAUUAAAUUAUUUUAACUAAUGCUGAUACUGAAUUGGAAAUUAGAAUUAAAAGGUACAUUGCACUGUGGUAAAGUGCUUGGUAUGUGAAACUAUAUUGGGAGUAAUUAGAAAAUAACGAGGAAAAAAAUGGUGAAUUCUUGCCCUAUUUGAUAUAAAACAGAUUGAUUACUCUUAAAUUUCAGAUCUGUAUUUACUUUGGUAUGACUCUAAUCUUGGUCCAAGCAAUUGGACAGGUGCACGAUCAGAUGCUGCAGAGAGAAAGCUGUUCUGUAAUUCAUUUUAAAGCAGGUUUUGCUAGAUGAUUGGUUCUUUUAGUUGA